AUGCCUUCGGAACUCCAGAAGCAGUCGACGGCGCUGCGCAAGUCGCACGCCAAGUCGGCCGCCCCGGCCGUCGCCUCAAGCAGGCCGUCCGCCUACGAAAUCAUGGCCGCCCGCAUCGCCAACCGCGUUGCCGAGAUGGCUGAGAGCAUGACUUUCAUCGAGCGCCCCCAAGCCGCACCCGCACCCGCCGCACAAGACCCGACGACGGCCAACGGCAAGAAGCAGCCGCGGAAGCUUGAAAUCCGGCUGCAGAACUCUUCGCCCGACUCUGUGUCCUUCUCUGCGCCUUUCCUCGACAACACGCUUUCCAAGAUGCUGGCCCUGCAGAACCGCAUGCUGCACCUCGGCAGCGAGCUCUCCAAAGACGAGAACAUCUCCGAGGAUGUCAAGAAGGAGCAAUUCGCCCAGAGCGCCGAGCUGAGCAAGGUCAUCGCCCUCAUCUGUGCCGAGAAGGCCAGGCAGGGCGGCUAA